AUGCCGGGAGGUAGGAUCUCAGCUGUCAUGGAUGCGUUACGUAGAACAAAGAAACGGGGCACUUCGCGUUCAAACAGAGAAGCGCAAAUACGAGCUGAAUCUAGCCAAAGAUGCGAACGCAAAGUCAAAGAGAUAGACGGGGAAACCGAUCAAGUGAAGAAGUGGAUGCACACUCGUGAGCACACCACCGAAGGCAUUCUGGACGCUCGAUUGGCCGUGGCCACUACCAGUCCUGUGUAA